GCUUGCGUGCGUGAGUGUGUGUUAUCGCGAGACAUUCUACUAGCCUCCAAGGGAAGUAUUUCGCCCGCGGUCUUGUCAGCUGGCAUGAGUUUCCUGCUGCCUAAAUUAAACAGCAAAAAGGAGGUGGAUGAGGCGAUCAAGACCGUGGCGGAGAAAGUCCUGGUUCUUCGCUUUGGUAGAGAUGAAGAUCUUGUCUGCAUGCAACUGGAUAACAUUCUUGCAAAAACAUUUCAUGACUUGAGUAAAAUGGCUGCAGUUUAUUUGGUGAAUGUAAGCAAGGUCCCAGUGUACACUCAGUAUUUUGACAUUAGUUAUAUUCCAUCAACUGUCUUCUUUUUCAAUGGGCAGCACAUAAAAGUGGAUUAUGGAUCUCCAGACCAUACCAAGUUUGUUGGAAGCUUCAAAACAAAACAAGACUUCAUAGAUUUGAUUGAAGUGAUCUAUCGGGGAGCGAUGCGUGGAAAACUCAUUGUAAGAAGCCCAAUUGAUCCAAAGAAUAUUCCCAAGUAUGAACUUCUGUACCAAGACAUUUAAAUGCCCUUUCUGGAAAUAAAUGAAAAUUGGAAUGUGCACAUCCUAAGACUGAUUAUGCCAUGGCUUAUUUGAACAUUUGUCCCAACUAAGCCAGAAAAAAGGAGUUGAUCUUCACAUGAUCAUAUUGGUCAUCAUCAAAACAGACAGAUUUUCUGUCAUUAUUUUUUCUUUAAAGUUACGUAUGUCAACAAUUUAGUGAAUUGCUAUUGUUACUAGCUUAUAGGCUACGACUUAUUUACUCUUGAAUUGUUAAAUAAAGGAACCUGCUCUAAAGCAAUCAGACAAGUAAAUGCCUUUGGACUAUAAACAAAAAUAGAAGCUUUUCAUACAAGAUAGAAAGACAAAACCAAAUAAAUCAUGUUAUAGCUUAACAUUAAAUAAGUUGCAAUUAAAUUGUGAUAGCAUGUGUGAACCCAGCCAUAAAAAUCAUUCUAGAGUUUG